AUGCCGUUCCGUGAGAGGUUCCACCGGCGCCUGAAUGAAAGCGUGAGCCCCCCUCAUAGCAGAAGCCCUUCACGCCGACUGCGCUCAAGAAGACAUCAGCUUUCACCUUCGCCGUCGCCAACCCAACCGUAUCUAUCUUAUUAUGACAUCCUUUUAACCCACGAGGAUAUGAAAGCCCUCAAGAAUGACUGGUUGACGGACAACAAUAUUGCCUUUUGGGAAGAGUUCCUCGAACACGAAGUCCUCACGAAGUACCCGCAAGCGCACAUCGUCCUCCUUCGACCGUCCAUGACCUUUCUGUUGAUGAAGAACAAGGACACCGACAGCGUCCGGUCUGCCCUUCCCGAUUUCCGAAACAUCACCCACAUAUUCCUACCCGUCAAUGACAAUAGGAAUGUCUCACAGGCAGAGGGAGGUAGCCAUUGGUCUUUACUCCUUGUCAGUAUAAUCGAUGGUGUGGCUUUCCACUACGAUUCUUUGGAAGGUGCAAACAACAAUGAGGCCUGGGACGCGUCCAAGAGACUAUCCAAUGUGCUCGGCAAGCCUUUGCGCUUUCACUACCUGUCCGAUUGUCCGCAGCAGGAGAACGGGAGCGAUUGUGGAGUCUUUGUUUGCAUCAUCAUGCGACAUCUCCUCACCAAGCGGCUCUUGGCUGUCAACGCUGGCGAGAAGAUCUCCAUGAGCAUGGCUCACAAGGCAAUCGACAGCUUCGGGGCGCGGAAAGAGAUGAUGAAGAUUAUCGAGAGUCUGCGGAAAGAAGGGGAACGGAGACGCCUUACCCCGAGCGACUCGCCACCCAGAAUUGAUUAG